AUGCCGUACAAACUUCUGGGGCUUGGGGCCACAUGCUACGUCACGACAACCGACAACAGGACGGUCUUGAAGGGCUACCAGGUCUGGCGAGACGGGGCGUACUACAUUGGCCGAGACGAAUGCGAGGACGACCUUGUCCGGGAGGCCACCAUCUACCGGCACCUCGGUAGCCACCCGCAGAUACUCGAGUGCUUCGGCCUCGAAGAGCAGUGUCCUGGCGUCCACUCGCUCCGCCUCGAGCUAGCUCCGCUGGGCUGCGUCCGGCAAUUCAUCGAAGAGCAUGCAAACGAGCCUCUCCCACGACAGACCCGGUUCGGGAUGGCGCUCGACGUCGCAAAAGGCGUCGCAUACCUCCAUUCACGGGGCGUACAGUAUUGCGACUUGAGUUGUCGCAAUGUGUUCCUCUUUGACGGAUACCGUGUCAAGCUGGGCGACUUUGGCGCGUCGCUUCUCGCGGGCCACGCAUUCAAGCCGACCUUUUGCGAAGAGACCCAAUACGAACUACCACUACGCGGACGAAAUUUCAAGGAUCGACCGCCAAUUAAACGAGACCUCUUUGCGUUAGGGUCGGCCAUCUACGAGAUCACAAUGUGGAAGAGGCCUUUCCAGGGAAUGUCAGAUGAAAUGGUGGAAUUGAGUUACGCGCGGGAAACGUUCCCUUCUCUGGAGGGUAACAUGGCGGGUCCCAUAAUACAAAAGUGCUGGGACGAAGAAUUCGAUAGGGCCGAAGAGGUCUCGGAGGCGCUGGCACGACUGGUCGCGAUGGGUGCUGCAAAUCUCAACACAGACGAUGAACCACUGCAAACAGAAGUUUGUAUUAGAGAGAGUGAAGGGAUGGGAAACAUGGCACUUGAUACGAUCCCAAACUGA